AUGUCCCCUGACAAGGUUUACCGCACCUACGGUCGUAAGCCUGUUACCCUCGUGAGCCUGGACCUUACCCAGGCUGUUAACAGGCUGGACCUAUGGCCCCUAGAUGCCAGCCUGUUACACCUCGGUCGAGGUCUCGAGGAAGUCCGUAAAGCCCGACAUGAACAGUGGCUGCGGCAGAAGGCAGCAGCCCCUGAUGCCUCGUCGUCCGUGGUGGAGGCUGGCAGUAGGAAGAGGAGCCUUCAAGAGGGUAGGUUUAGUGGUAAGGCUAGAACAUCCAACUACCUCACACACAUCCCUGCAUUAUUCCACAUCACCCGUCUGUGCCCUCUAGAUACUCAGGAGCCCUCCAGAGGCAGUCACCAAGAGGCCCCUACACUCACCAAACGGAUGCGUGUUAAUGCUCGUGAUGGUAGCAGUAGUAGCAAGGGUAACCUAUCCCCAAUAUCCACCUUGAAGAUCCUCUCGUGGAAUGUCGAUGGAUUGGAUUCACAUUCGGAUGAGAUCGACAUGACCGCCCGUACCAUGUCAGUAGCCUCCCACAUCAUCGACCACAGGCCCCAUAUCGUCCUCCUACAGGAGCUCAUCGACUUCAACACGACUUGGUUCCGACGCCUUCUCUCGAAGUUCUACGAUUUCUACAUACAGUCCUCUCCUCCUUUGCCCUACUUCGUCGGCAUCCUCAUAGACCGAUCAGCUGUAGCCGUCCAUGGUCCCCUCGUAACUGACAAUUUCCCCAACACUAAGAUGGGCCGGGCGCUGGUAUCCUUGGAUGGGGAGGUCCGCCUCCUGUCAGGCGCCCCCGUCAAGGUCCACAUCGCUACAGCACAUCUCGAGUCGACCAAAAGCUUUGGUAGAGCGAGAGUUGAUCAGCUCAAGGAGUCUUUCUCCGACAUGCGUCGCUCCGUCGGCCACAGCAAAUCACAUUUGGCGAUUUUCGGAGGAGACCUCAACAUCCGAGACGACGAGGUCCGGCAGGCCCUCCUCCUCCCCAACGGGUCCAAGAAAGUCGACAUUAUCGACGCCUGGGAAGCCAGUGGACGGCCAAAGGACUCUGAGUUCACUUGGGAUAUGCGGAUAAACGAUAACUUGGGUAUAAAGGGAAAGCCGAAAGCGAGAUUCGAUCGUCUAUACUUGGCCAACUCGGAUACCAUGAAGGUGUCUCCACAGGGCUUCCGACUCACAGGGACUACACGGUGUGAUAUGGAUGAGGUCAAGGGGAAGAAAAGAUUCCCAAGCGACCAUUUUGGUAUACAACUUGAAAUGAAAAUAGAGAUGAAAGAGGAGAAAGUCAUCGACUUGAGUAAUGAUAAUUGA